AUCUCAACGGAAAAUCAAAAAACAUGCGAAUUAUUUGCGGCACUGAAGCUGCUAUCGCCAGGGACUUAUCUGAGGGAAGGUAUCGAUUAUAUCAUCCAAAGUAAAGCCGGUGGGCUCAUCGUCUUGGGUGAUACGCCAGAAACUCUGGAUUUGACAGAAGGUGGCUUCCGGAUUAAUUGCCCAUAUACACCGACACGUUUAUAUGAGUUGUCGAAAAUGGAUGGCGCGAUUAUUCUUUCUGAAGAUAUAAAACGCAUAGUGCGCGCGAAUGUAACGUUGAGAACCAGCUCGACGAUUCCCUCGAAUGAAACAGGACUCCGCCACCGCUCGGCGGAUAAAUUUGCGAAAGAGACUGAGCAGAUUGUCCUCGCAGUGUCACAAAGCCGAAAUACGCUUACCCUGUAUCUCAAAGAUCAGCACUAUAUUUUCCGAGAAUGCUCUACGUUGCUUUCCUGCGCGAAUCAAACGAUGUUCGCACUGACGCAGCACCUCAAAGCACUGCAAAACGCCGGUACCAUUCUGAAUUGGGCUGAAUUAAGUGGAGAUGUGACCUUGGCGGAUGUCGUCGCGGCUAUCCAAUUGUGUGAACGCGUUCGCCGCGCUGAGCAGGAAUUGGACCGUUACAGGAUCGAGUUAGGCACACAGGCGCAAUCUCUACAGUAUGUUAUUCCCGAACUCACAACUGAAAUUGAGAGUGGACUUCUGAUUAUAAAAGAUUAUUAUCAUGAGAGUCUACGUGACGCCUCUGAAGCGUUUGAAGCAAUUUUGGGUCUUGAUGUACACAGCCUCGCAAACCCGAGUGACAUUAGUGAAGCUUUAGGGUAUUCGCGUGAUGUGUGUAACACUUUCGAGGUGCUUAAACCCCGCGGGUAUCGGAUGCUUAGCCAAGUGCCUCGUAUUCCCUUCAAUAUUGUUGAAAAUAUCGUUCACAAAUUCAAAACAUUGGAUCGGGUCAACAUAGCUGCUGUUGGUGAACUCCAGGCAGUUGAUGGAGUUGGUAAGGCACAGGCAUCAACAAUCAAGCACACACUCGCGCACAUGAAGUCAACAGCCGUCCAACCGGAAGUCAUGGCUUUGUCUGCAUUUGAAUAA